AUUGAGUCACGUUCUUGGCAAGCUACAACUUUGAUUUCUCUUGAACCACGUCUUACCUUAUUAUAAAAAAAUAUUCCAUGGAACCCCUCCUCCUUAUAUUAUCAUGUUUCUUCGAUUUCAUGUUUAAUGUCAAGGAACCAGCGUUCAAGCACAUUUGUCUUCAUUGAAUGUCGGAGGAAUUAGUGUUCGGGUAUACCAUGAGGCUGUUGACUGAAAGUCUUUUGUUAAUAUGUGCCCAGCUUAUUCAAUGCUCCUCAUCACUUCUAGAGGGAACUAGAGUUUCUGCUAUGUUUGACCGAUCCCGGCGUUCCCUGCUCGAGUUUGGAAUCAUGAUUAAAUGCUCUACAGGACGAUGGCCACUUGAUUACAAUGGAUAUGGAUGUUACUGCGGGAGAGGAGGAAAAGGACAUCCCAUUGACGAAGUCGAUGCCUGCUGUAAGCAACACGACGAAUGUUACGAUCGAUUGCUAGAAUCCAACGCUUGCAAGAACCUGGUCCAUGCCUAUAUCAGACCGUAUAGGUUCUGGCAGAAACGAUGCUGGAAGAAAGAUGCUCAGGUCACGUGUUAUUCUAAGCGCCCCUGUUCGAGAGGGCUGUGUCAUUGUGAUAGACAAGCGGCUCUGUGUUUUUCUCGUGCUAAAUACAACGAAGACUUAGAGGAUUUCGAUCGGGAUAAAUGCCAUCUUCCUUGGUGGAUAACAAGAUCCUUGUCAAUGUUUGAUUUGAUAUAAACUGCCUCAGUAGAGCAAUGAGUGAAACAAUCUUCGAGGGCAGACAUGGUGUAUAGGGGAGGGGAUUUUUAUAUAAAUCUGCGAGCAAGCACAAAUUUUGAACUUUUCAAUUCAAUUUUGUGAUAUAAUACAUAAUAUUUAGAAAAUAAAUUAUUUCAAUCUUUUCACUUUCCCAUUCUUUCUUUUUCUAUAUUGGUUUCUUUGUCUUGAAGAUUUUCCGGGUUCCGUGCUCCCCUCCCCCAUCCCUACCUUGGCAAAUUCAGGAAAACAAUGGCAAAACAUAAUUUAUUUAGACAAACUAGGUUUAUAGAUGUGUAAAUAGGUAAAUAGAUAGAUAGGUAGAU